CCCAAUCAUCUUUCGCCACGUAGUAUCCACGGUCUUCCCGCGAGAGAGAGAGAGAGAGAAAAAAGAAGAAGAGAGAGAGAAGAAGAACACACAUUUUGACACCAUUUUCCGGUUUUCCCAGACAGAGCUGCUCUGUACCACGUUUCCGAUUCUGCCCUCGGCCAUUUCGGAAACACCGAGCCUGUCCCCGUCCCAUGGCUCCAGCCACGUCCUCCUCCUCCUCCACGGCUAAGCGGCUCAUCCGCUUCAGUGGCUCUCUCCGCCGCACGGAGGCGCCGCGCCGGCCGACUCCGCCGCCUUCUCCGCCGCCGAAGAAGCUCAAGCCGAUGGCGGAGGUAAUGGCGAAGGCUCGGCACGCUGUGGUGGAGCGCGUCGACUACAGCGACGCGAGCUGCCAGCAAUGCGGCUCCGGCGACCGGGCCGACGAGCUCCUCCUCUGCGACAAGUGCGACAAAGGCUUCCACAUGAAAUGUCUACGACCGAUCGUCGUUAGAGUCCCCAUCGGAUCCUGGCUUUGCCCCAAGUGCUCCGGUCGCAGAAGAGUAAGAAGUUUCUCUCAGAAGAAGAUUAUCGAUUUCUUUCGGAUUCAGAAGUGUACUGAUAAGAAAGGCAAGUUUGCGUCUCCUCAAGAUGCUAGAAAGCGUAGGAGACGUUCAGGAUCAUUGGUGUUACAAAAGAAAAGAAGGAGACUUUUACCAUUUGUUCCUACAGAAGAUCCAGCCCAAAGGCUGAAACAAAUGGGUUCCCUUGCUACUGCUUUGACAGCACUGCACAUGGAAUUCAGUGAUGAUCUCUCUUACAUGCCUGGCAUGGUGCCUAGGUCAGCCAACCAGGCCAAGUUUGAAAACGGUGGAAUGCAGGUUCUUUCCAAAGAAGAUACUGACACCUUGGAACAGUGCAGAGCUAUGUGUAAAAAAGGCGAAUGGGCUCCCCUUAUUGUAGUUUUUGAUUCAUGUGAAGGUUAUACAGUGGAGGCUGAUGGCCAGAUUAAGGAUAUGACGUUUAUUGCUGAGUACACGGGUGAUGUGGAUUAUAUUAAAAACCGGGAACAUGAUGAUUGUGAUAGUAUGAUGACCCUUCUCUUGGCAAACGACCCAUCUAAAAGUUUGGUCAUCUGCCCUGAUAAACGCGGGAACAUUGUGCGGUUUAUCAAUGGCAUUAACAAUCACACUCUGGAAGGUAGGAAGAAGCAGAAUUGUAAAUGUGUGAGAUACAGUGUUAAUGGUGAAUGCCGAGUCUUUUUGGUUGCUACUCGUGAUAUUGCAAAGGGCGAAAGGCUAUAUUACGAUUAUAAUGGAUAUGAGCAUGAAUACCCUACUCACCAUUUUGUCUGAGAUAUCAUAGAGAUGUUGCUGUCUAACAAUCCUACACAAAUGGGAUGUAAUUUUGGAUCCCAAUAGAUCCUUUUCUUUUUCCAUUUUUUCAAAGCUUACUCAUUGUUUUUGCGGAGCAACAAUUCUUCUAAAAUUAGCCAUAGGCUAUUCAUUGUAAUUUUUGAUAUAGAGCUGGUCAAUUGUGUGGCCAUGAGAGAACUAGAGUAGCAAGGGAGAUUUUCCUUUAAAUGGGCAUAUGAAGAAAAUUAGAUGUCUUAGAAUUAUAUUUAAGAAAACAAAAAGUCUUUUUGUAAUACACUUUUCUAUGGAAGUGGUUACUUGUUUUUUUGGUUGUCAUUCCAUUGCUUCCAAGAUGAUUUAUGGAUAAUUUGUUAAACGGCCAUUUAUUUGCUCAUUAUUGUAUCUUUUAUCUUUUAUCUUCUUCUUGAGAUGCUAACCAUUCCCACGAGAGAUAUGCAUAAACAUAACUGUGAAAAGAAAAAUGUUACUACUGAUUCCUUUCCAUUUAGGUGCUGGAUAUUGUUGCAGUCACACAGCGACUGUGAUGCAGUUUGACCCUUCAUAUUGAUUUGAAAACUGAUGCCUGGGUCUUUAGAAUUGUAUUCAGUUUUAUAUUGCAGAGAUCUUUUAAGAUGAAGCUUUCAUCAUGAGGUCAUGCUGGACAUUCACAAAUUCCAGAUUCUCAUAUCUUUUAAAAGGUGAAACUUUUCCCCUAAUUAAGUAUACAAAAACUUUAUCUAAACUGCUCUUUCUUGUAGUUUUCCUGGAUGUUAUGUUUACUACUUAUGGCAUCCAUUUCCAUUUACAUACUUUAGUAUUUGAUAUGUUUGCUCCUCACUUGCCAUCACACUUGGAAGUAUAUUAUAAUUCUUAUGGUUGUUGCUGGUUCAAUGCUAGAUGUAAGUGGUUCAUGCGUUGGUAUACUAGAAUUUUUGAAUCUAGGAUAUAGUUUGAUACCAUGCUCGAAAAAAAGAAAGUUAUUAUGGAUGCCCAGGCUUAUAAGCUCAACCAUACUUCUUGAUGCAAAUAUCUCUCAGAUGUUUCCCUCGGUGCUUUCCAAAUUCACAUGCUUCAUUUCAAUUAUUUUGUUCCAAUUUCAUCUGAAGUGUGAUUUGACAUUUGAGUCCUUUUGCCAGAAAUAAGUGAUAAUUAUGGCUUUGAAAUACAUUAUACAUGCUUUUGUGAUUCUUUGGACUACCAUUGGUUAAAUUUUCAUUGCUUUAGUUGUCAUACGCCCAUCUGAUAUAUUUUUUUUUCAGUGAAGCGACUUCAACUUAGGGUCUCUGAAUCCCCAGAGAUAGCAUGGGUAACACCUUAAAAUAUAUUCUCGCUUUCUAUUGCACAGCAGAAAUGUUGAAAUUAAAUUCCCAUGCCUUCCUGCAGGGUGGGCUGAGAUUAUCUCGAAGAAACAAUGUAACAUAUGAUGUAAGAACAGUGUCAGCGUUAAGAAGAUCAAGCAAAUUCCGUUGGGGCUUAUGUGAAGGAAUGAGUUUCUCAAAUAUUGAUUCUGAUCUUGAAUUCAGUCACUGUCAGGGAAUUAAGUGAGAGUAUUUGACUUCCUUUGAGGGAGGAUACGUGUAUUCUUUUGUUUCAGUAAGGAUGUCAGAAAAUGAUAAUUCAGAUUAUCUUAUAUCAGUUAAGAUUAAAGCAAGUCUUGGGAGCCAUGCUUUUAUAGAUUUGAAUGGUUUUACAUGCAGGAGUAUGUGUAUAGUACCAAUAAUCGUUGAGGACUUUGUAUGUCAUGUGAAAUUUUGGGAGAGAACUUCGAGUCAAAGCAUCUUGAUGUAAAUUGAUGGAUAUUUCAUUCCAUUUGAUUGAGGUUUGAUGUACCUUCUGGUUAUUAUGCUCUUCAUUGUUAACUCCUUUUCCCCAAGA